CAGCGAGCCCGAGAACGGCCCAGGACUCUCGGACUUCAUUUCCCGUCGGCCCGCGGGGGGGGGGGCCGCCGGAAGCCCGCCCCGCCCCUCAUUGUGCGGCUCAUACUAAACGGAAGGGGCCGGGAGAGGCCGCGUUCAGUCGGAUCCCGGCAGCAGCUGCAGCGGCUCUCGUUUUUUCGGGCUCUCCGUGCUCUUUCCUUUUCGCUUCCGGAAACAUGGCCUCCGGUGUGGCUGUCUCUGAUGGUGUCAUCAAAGUGUUCAACGACAUGAAGGUGCGUAAGUCAUCAACACCAGAGGAGGUAAAGAAGCGCAAGAAGGCAGUGCUGUUCUGCCUGAGCGAGGACAAGAAGAAUAUCAUCCUGGAGGAGGGCAAGGAGAUCCUGGUAGGUGACGUGGGUCAGACUGUAGACGACCCCUACGCCACCUUUGUCAAGAUGCUGCCAGACAAGGACUGCCGCUACGCCCUCUAUGAUGCAACCUAUGAGACCAAGGAGAGCAAGAAGGAGGACCUGGUGUUUAUUUUCUGGGCCCCUGAGUCUGCACCCCUUAAGAGCAAAAUGAUCUAUGCCAGCUCCAAGGAUGCCAUCAAGAAGAAGCUGACAGGGAUCAAGCAUGAAUUACAAGCAAAUUGCUACGAGGAGGUCAAGGACCGUUGCACUCUGGCAGAGAAGCUGGGGGGCAGCGCCGUCAUCUCCCUGGAGGGCAAACCUUUGUGAGCUCCCUCCAGCCCCCUGCCUGGAGCAUCUGGCAGCCCCAGACCUGCCCACAGGGGUUGCAGGCUGCCCCCUUCCUGCCAGACCGGAGGGGCUGGGGGGAUCCCAGCAGGGGGAGGGCAAUCCCGUCACCCCAGUUGCCAAACAGCCCCCCCACCCCGGACCUUCCUCCUCCUCCAUUCCUGACGGUUCUGGCCUUCCCAAACUGCUUUUGAUCUUCUGAUUCCUCUUGGGUUGAAGCAGACCAAGUUACCCCUGGGCACCCCAGUUUGGGGGGGACCUGUAUUUUUUUUAACGACACCCCAGUUCCCACGUGUUCCUCCCCUUUCCCAUGCUGCCAACUUCUAACUGCAAUAGUGACUCUGUGCUUGUCUGUUUAGUUCUGUGUAUAAAUGGAAUGUUGUGGAGAUGACCCCUCCCCGCGCUGCCUGGUUCCCCUCCCCUUUUCUCCUGGUCGCGGCCACUCAUGGAAGCGGGACCAGUAAGGGACCUUC